AUGUCUACUGCAACUAAGAGGGAUUAUUACGAGGUCAUUGGUGCAUUGUCAUCAUUUGAGACCUCGCAGGAGGUCGUACUCUCAAAUGACGAAUUAGUAGAAUUAACAAAACCAAAAAUAGAUACGCAACAGAAGGAAGCAUCAGAAGAAAGGAUACCUGUGCAUGCGUAUCUUGGUGGUAAAGUAAAUAUGAAGGAAGCUGCACAUGCUAGUUACGAUCUGGGCCACACAUUACUAGGUGGCUACGUACCGCAACGUCAGUUAGAGUCAUUAUCCUCCAUUGACUUUGCUCACUAUUUCGAUAAAACAUUGGAUUGUGACGAUGCCUUACAGAUCUUUGAUACAUUCCUACCUGCCAGUGCAAGACAAUGUAUGUUACUCAGUACACAAAAUGAACUUGAUAUUAGGGCCAAGGCAAAAGCUAAGGCAAAAUUAGAACGUAAACAGAAAGCUGCAACUGCAGCUGCUGAUUCUGCAAAUGGUACAGAUGAAAGAGUGUUACCGGACGGUAAAAUUGUACGCAAAGUAAUUAUGUGUAGGCGUUGUAACCGUAAGUUCCGUGGAGAAGAUCGUAUGAAACAACUCAAGAGACAUGAAUGUACAAAAUGA